AGUGUUAAAUACGCAAGAAAGGUCUUCGACUUUGGUUGUAAUAUUAUUGAAUAUCAUCUUCCAAAAAAAAAAAAAAAAAUUAAUUGAUUAGUUUUGAAAACAUAACAUUAUUUGCAUGUAAUAUAUCAUAGAGAAUUCAGCCAUUUGAAAUUAACAUAGCGAGUUUGGACCUCUUGGUGACUUGGCCCAUAAUAUUUUUAACAAUUCCCAUGAAUAUUUUUACAAGAAAUCUCUGUGUUUCCCGACUAUAAAUGUUUCUCGAAUUUUACAUCUUUGAACAAUUCCAUAUUUAUUUCACUUCCAUUUCUCCUCUCUUUAAUUUUCUGAUUUCUAAUUAACUUCUUUCAGUUGUUUUGAUUGUCAAUGGCAUGUCAACUGAAGACAUUGUUGGUGCUACUUUUUUUCUUGCUGAUAUCAAAUUUGCAACAUUGUGUUAAUGGAAUACCGCAAGUACCUUGUCUCUUCAUUUUUGGGGACUCAUUGUCUGAUAAUGGGAACAAUAAUAACCUUGUGACAAGAGCAAAAGCCAAUUAUCAACCAUAUGGGAUUGAUUUUCCUGAGGGACCCACCGGAAGGUUUACCAAUGGUCGCAAUAUUGGUGAUAUCAUUGCUGAACUUCUGGGUUUUGAGAAUUACAUCCCACCUUUUGCUUCUGCGCCUGAAGGCUUCGAAAUACUCAAAGGGGUCAAUUAUGCAUCCGGUUCAGCGGGCAUUCGCAAUGAAUCUGGACAACAUCUGGUAAUUUUAAGUCCAGAAUUGCAGGGUAAUCGGAUAAGCUUAGAUAGACAAUUGCAAAAUCACCAAUAUACAGUCUCACACAUCAUUGAAAUGUUGGGAGGUAAUCAGAGAGCAACAAUGUACCUAAGCAAGUGCAUGUACUCCAUUACAAUUGGCAGUAAUGACUACCUGAGUAAUUACUUCUUGCCAAUGUUCUACCCUACUAGCCAACAAUAUACACCAGAGCAAUAUGCUAAACUUCUUAUCCAGCAACUCACUCAACAAACUUUGUACAGAUAUGGAGCAAGGAAGGUAGUCCUUUAUGGAUUGGGUCAGCUAGGUAGUAUUCCAAUUGUACUCUCUUUAUGUGGAAUUAUUAGCUCUUCAUGUGAGGACAGCUUCAACAAAGUGGUCCAACUAUUCAAUGAUAGGCUUCUAUCACUAGUGGCUGACCUCAACAAAAAUCUAUGGCAAGCUAAGUUUAUCUUCAUAAACACUACUAGUAUGGAUUUGGAAUACACAAGUUCUACAUUUCAAGGUUCCAUGGUUAAAAAUGCUUCUUGCUGUGAAUUGUUGGGUUUUGGACAGUUCCAAUGCUCUCCUUCAGGAUAUGUAUGUCAUAACAGGAGCCAAUAUAUGUUUUGGGAUGCAGUCCAUCCAACUGAAGCCGCAUAUGAGUUCUAUGGGGGAAGGGCAUACAGAGCUCAGUCCCCAACUGAUGCUUAUCCAUUUGACAUCAGCUACCUCGCAAAGCUCUAAUGUACAAGAUCACAUGUGGGAAGAGAAUUCUCAUGUGAAAGUCUGUAAUGCCAUUGUUUGCAUUUCUUUUGCGACUGCCCAACUCAUAAUAAGGUUUAUGUUUUGAAAUGCUGGUUAGAAGAAUGGAAUAAAAUUGACCAUACUACAUGGUUCCAGUAACUUCAACUAA